GUAAACACGCGUCGGGCAUUAUGCAAUGAACGUCUUUGCCGGUCGGCGCCCGCAUUUGCAUGGCACACUUUUCUGACGCGGACGAGUAUUCAAAUAAAAAAAAAAUUACUAACCCAUUGGAAUUACAUAAAUUCUUAUGACAUAAUCAUUAAUUUUAGGUCACGGUUAUGGUCUGACGAUAGGUAUUAUUGAUAAGAUCGAUUUAAAAAUUAUUCGCGCUUUUUCGGAGAAUUUAAGCGUUGCAAUUCGAAAGUUGAAUUUUAAAUUUUAAAACAAUCUAUUAAUGAGUUUAUUUGUCGUAAAAAGUUGUGAUACUUUUUUAAAUUUCUGUACUUAGAAAUGGUGUGCAGGACGCAUUAUUAUUCGGUUGUGUUCAAAUGUGAAGUGCGAAUUUCAGUGAAGUUGAAUUUUUGAAACACCAUCUGUCGCAAAGGUGGAGGGCGACGCGAGUGCGACGACGCGGGACGGUGCGCGUGCGGCCGACGCGUCCCGCCCGCGCCGCCCGCGCAAGCGCAUCAUCCCCUUCGCGCACUGGAUGAGAUGUCGCCACCGUUACUCAGGUCUAACCCAAUAUACACCGAAGAAGAGGAGCAAGAGGUAGUAAUAAUCGUGGAUUCGUUAGAGAGUGUGGAGGGUGAACAGGGGGAGGUUCCCUGUACGCCCCGCACUCCCCGCCGAGCACCUUCCACCUCGUCAGGUUAUGGGAGCGGGGGCGGCAGCCACGGCCGUGUGUCACCAAGCUUACCAAAGACCGAGCACUUCACCGAGCCCACUCGGCGACUGUCUGACUCGGACAAGAAUGAUGGAUCUCACACCACAUCGGACUCUGAUGGCAGUCCAAUUUGCACGCUGUCCAGAAGUCUUAAAGAAGAUAUUAGGUCAUGUUUAGGUGGAUGCCGAUGGGAGAAAGACGUUGGGGAUGUCGUCGAAGCGGCAGUCCGAGGAGCCGGCGGCAUCAGCGCUGCCCGCGCGCGUCUCCACGCCGCACUCCUGGCGUUACAUGAGCCCCCGCCGCGGAUCCCUAACCGGGGUCCGUCGCUCCCUUACUGCGGCCCUGGAGUCCGACCAGGUGACGUCACUAUGAUGCCGAAGAACACAGAGAUGUCUUUAUUGGCUGCUAGCGCUCUCUUCACCCUUGACGGAGCCCGAGGAGAGGCUCUAUCUCGGCAUUUAGCCAAAAGAGAGAGAAGGAAGAGACACUGCAGAGCGAUACUGGCCAUCAUUGCGCUAUUGCUUCUCCUGGCUGCAGUUGGAGCCGUGGAGCUGCUGAUGUCUAGGGGACAACGAGUCUUCGGCGCUGUUCUUCGCUGAUAUGUAACCAUUUUAUGUAUCUACCUUAAUAUUCCUUUAAGGUUUAGGAAGAUUAUUCGCGCCGUCCUCGUUGAUCUGGCAUGGAAUCCAUAAUACUAUGCAGCAACUGUCUCUGGAUCCACAGAACUGGUUUCAGGUCGACAUUUUUUACCUUACCAAGGUCUGAUUUAAAAUGUUGUCUUAAAUCACAUGCGAUAUCACUUUAAAUGGACAAGAUACUCGUGAUAACUUUGCGUGAUUGUAGUGUAAUGAAACUGUUAACAUGUGACUAAUUAUGUUUUUAACGCCCUUUCACUUAGGUAUUAUUGAAAGGAUUAUUUUAAACAACUUUCGAAAGAAUUUUUAGAAUUCGUUCGAGUUUUUUGUGCGACUGUUUUACUCGAUUACGUCGACAAUUCUGUAUUGAUUUUUUCCGUCCGUCUAUCGAUUUCGGAUCGAUGGGAUUUAAUACACUGUUAAUUUCUACUAUUAAUUUUGUAAUGAUUGAAAAUGCCAUUUCACUCUGUAGAGAGAAAAAAAACAGUUUAUUGCGAAGCAAAUUGUACUCUUAGAAUUAUAUUUCGCGUUCUAAAUUCGAAUAUUUUAAAUGUUAUGCUCCUACGAAACAUUUUAUUAUUUUUCUACAUAUUUCAAUGCUAUCGAAUUCGGUGUUUUUUUUUUUGUUAUUUUGAGCAAAAGGUACUUUUUGGGUCUCUUUUUAGAAAACUAUACUUAUGUAAGUUUGUAUAAGUUUUUUGUUCCAGUUUGAGAUGUAUAUUGGUUCUUGAUUUAAAAUAAAUUUAUAUCUGACUCCAAUAUUUUUAUUAAUUAAUUUUACAGUAAACUAGAUAAUUGAACGGAGACAAUUUUUCACCGUUGAAAAUACAAUAAGUUACAGUUAGUGAUGGGACGUUACUCGAAGUCGAUCGCGAUCGACUAGUGAUGCGCUUGAAUAUUAUCAAAUAAUAACGAUUCUUUGUAUCUAUUUAGGGUCAGCGUAAUAUGUUUGCUUAUUCCAUUCAUCUUUAUUUGCAGUUAUCUUAAUAUUUAUUUAUUUAUUCAUAAGAACACCAAUAGCAUAUAAUACAUAUAACAAACAUUAAAUAAAAUAUGAAUACACACACACAUACUUAUAUUUAAUUACUUUCUAACCAUAUCAUCUUUCACACAGCCUAUUCAUCUAUUUAUAAUUGUAUCUUGACUAUUAGAAACACAUCAAUAAACAUCAAAUACGUAGGUACUAAAUACCUAUAGGUCUACCAUGAAAUGAGAAUCUGAAGUUUCAGACUCGUUUUUGUGUUUUCGUUCAUACUAUAAUCGGUCCAAUAACCUUGACAUUUCAAAGGCUUGACAUUUCUUUCGUCAAAAAUCCUACCAUAAAAAGUGUUACCAUAAAAAGUCCAAAGGAACGAUAUUUUAACAUUUUUAAUAUUUUUAAACGGUAUGUAUCGUAUACUUUCAAUACUAAAUUUGUAUUCGAAUCGUUCAAGCAAAAUCAAAUCGUUCAGUCCCGAAAUUUUGGAAAACAUUUCAUGGUAGGCGCUCUGUAAUUAUGUCACUUUAAAUCCCGCUCGUAAAUUUAAAAACCACAAAAAUGAAUUACCGAAUAGAUGCAGCCAUUUUGAAGUAAUGUGCGUAGAUAGAUUCGUCAAUUGAUUUUUAUUUAUAUAGCAUUCAUAUAUACCAUUAUUGUGUUAACAGGAAAUACCCUCAUUUUAUAACUUUUUAAUAUGCUCAUAUCAAAUUGCUACUAUUACAUACUUAAGUACUUAUAACUUUAAGUAUCAAGAUUGCAUAGACUUGGAUUCCACUAUCGAAAUUUUAUUAUAAAAUUGUAUAGUGUUAUAAAUAAUUAGUUAGCGUAAUUUAGUAUAUUUAAUUAAUGUUUAAUAAAUAUUGCAAUAUAUAUGCCAAAUUUACGCAAAUGUCGAUAUGUUUACGCACAUUAUAUUUUUUAGUUUCAGCGGCGUAAUUUUAUAGUAUCUUUCUAUACUAAUAAUGUAAUAGAUAUAAAGUUUAAAGUCAUGAUAUUAUAUCCUACAUUAUUAUUUACCUCUUUAUUUAUAAAACUUAAAACCUUCUGCAAAUCUAUUUUAACUAUUACACUGUUUUGUCUUUUUCUUUCAAAUUAAUAAUUUAGCACAAAAAAAUGGAACAAAAAAUUCAAUAGCUAAAAUAGGUUUAUUUGACAUAUUUAUGAAUAAGGGGAUUAGUGUCAUGGCCGUAGAAUAUAACGCGUAAACAUGUCGAAUAUCAGUCGCGUAAUUUCGGCAAAAUAUUAUGUCGACAUUUUGUUUGACUCUUUUUUAUUUUCUUUAAUUUUUGUUUGUAAAUACCUAUUAUAUAGUGUGAUUUUAUUUAAAAUUGGUAAGUGAAUAAAAAAAGUUGUUUGUUUAUCUUGUUCGACUGUAAGCAGAAUAUACUCGACCGUCAUUCACACAAAUAAAUAAUACAUUGACAACAUAAAAACGUGUCUAAAAAUCAAUCCUGGAUGAACUAGGGUAAACUAUUCUUGUAUCAAAUAUUAUUAAGUAUAGCUUGUGAUAAUAGGUACAUCUACAAUUAUUUCUUUAAUUUACGUAGCGUAAAUUUAGCAUUGUAUUAUUUUAAUUGGCUUAUAACUUUGAUAGUGGGAUGCAAUUCAUUUAAAAUUUCAAUUAAAGGCUAGGUCGCCUUGGCUCAGUCUUUUAUGUUUUGUAUUUUUUUAGUAAAGAUUUUUGUGUAAUAAAUAAUGAUAUAAGAACUAUUUUAAGUAAAUCAAACAGUGUAAAGUAAUAUUUAUUUAUUUAAUUUAAUAAAAAAUUAUAUACAUUAUCAAAAUUUCAGGAAAUUAUGAUGUCUAUUUACUUAAUUGAGAUAAUGAUUUUGUUGUAUGUACAGUUAUUUUGUUUUUUAAUUUGAAAAAUUGAUUUACAUAAUAUUCAAAUAGAUUUUUGUAAGCACCAAAAUGUAUUGAUAUUUUUUUUUAGUUUUCUUUAUUGGUGCCAUAAGCCGAUUCUAAAUAAUUAUGUAAUAAUGAUAUCAGUUAUUAAAAAAAAACAACAACAAAAUAAAUAUGUAUUUUGUAUUUUUUUAAAUAUAUCUUACUUUUUCAUCAUUUUGUACACUAAUAUUGCUAUAUUAUCGUAUUAUACAAUAUUAUUAUCUAAAAACCAAUUUAUUUAAUUAUUAAUGAUAACAUAGUCAUAUAUUACAUAUAAUAGGCACAGAAGAAAGUACGAGAGCAAAACAAUUAGUGUUAAUGUUAGUAUUAAUCAUUAUUAAUUACUUUUAUUUUCUAUGAUUUUUUAUAUAAUUGAUAUUAUUUAUAAAAUAAUAUUAUUUUGUAUUAAAUUAAUUUGUGAUGUAGAAUAAUGAAUACGUACCUACUUAUACAUUGUGAUUUAUGUACCUUUGUAAUUUGUAUUAAAUAAUAUUUGUACAGAUUGUUAAUAAAAGUGAUAAAUUUGGUGGUAUGUCAUAUUAAUCAUUUAAUUAAUUUAGAAUGAAAAUUAUUAUCAUUCUGUACGAAAUUGUAUCCAUAAAUAUAUGAUAGCACAAAGUGCGAUUAUGUUUUAUAUUAAUUAAACUAUAUAAA